GGCCUGACGUCAGAUGUCGCUUUGACAAACCCCCCCGGGGGCUCAGGAAGGCUCUCUGCUGCUCUGAUGGGCCAGCCCAGUCCUGGCCCAGCUCCCUGGAGAGGCAUCCGCAUCCUCUGGGCUGAGCCGUAGCUCCUGUGACGCUGACUUCCAGGCAUGAGGUGGCUCCUGCCCUGGACGCUGGCAGCCGUGGCGGUCCUGAUGGUGGGCAACAUCCUGGCCACGCCCCUCUCUCCAACCCCCACAACCAUGAUCUUCACCCCAGCCCCACUGGAGGAAACCACCACACGCCCCGAGUUCUGCAAGUGGCCAUGUGAGUGCCCACAGUCCCCACCUCGGUGCCCACUGGGCGUCAGCCUAAUCACAGAUGGCUGUGAGUGCUGUAAGAUUUGUGCCCAGCAGCUCGGGGACAACUGCACAGAGGCUGCCAUCUGUGACCCACACCGGGGCCUCUACUGCGAUUACAGUGGGGACCGCCCGAGGUACGCAAUAGGAGUGUGUGCACAGGUGGUCGGUGUGGGCUGUGUCCUGGACGGCGUGCGCUACACCAAUGGCGAGUCCUUCCAGCCCAACUGCAGGUACAACUGCACCUGCAUCGAUGGCACGGUGGGCUGCACCCCGCUAUGCCUGAGCCCCAGGCCCCCACGCCUCUGGUGCCGCCAGCCCCGGCACGUGAGAGUCCCUGGCCAGUGCUGUGAGCAGUGGGUGUGUGACGAUGAUGCAAGGAGGCCACGCCAGACUGCACUGCUGGACACCAGAGCCUUUGCAGCUUUGGGCACAGUGGAACAACGGUUUGAGAACUGCAUAGCCUACACUAGUCCCUGGAGCCCCUGCUCAACCACCUGUGGCCUAGGCAUCUCAACUCGGAUCUCUAACGUCAAUGCCCGGUGCUGGCCAGAGCAGGAGAGCCGCCUCUGCAACCUGCGGCCAUGCGAUGUGGACAUCCUACCACACAUCAAGGCAGGGAAGAAAUGCCUAGCUGUGUACCAGCCAGAGGAGGCCACGAACUUCACUCUUGCAGGCUGUGUCAGCACACGCACCUAUCGACCAAAGUACUGUGGAGUCUGUACUGACAAUAGGUGUUGCAUCCCCUACAAGUCCAAGACCAUCAGUGUGGAUUUCCAGUGUCCAGAGGGGCCGGGUUUCUCUCGACAGGUCCUAUGGAUUAAUGCUUGCUUCUGCAACCUGAGCUGCAGGAAUCCUAACGAUAUCUUUGCUGACUUGCAAUCUUACCCUGACUUUGCAGAGAUUGCCAAUUAGGUUGGUGUGUGGCUUGGGGUUCAGCUCCAUGGUGUAAAGCAGCCAGAACCUCUGGGACCCAGGACUUCCCACUUGAGCCUUAUUUCAUCUACUUCCUUCUCGAUUCUGAAUUCCCUGAUCCUGACUCUCAGUUUCUGUUCCUGUUUUGACCAUCCCAAUGGCCUGCUGCUCAGGCUAAGACAAUGGGUCCCUCCUUGGGGACAUUCUACAUCACUCCAAAGAAAACACAUCUCUGAACUGUUCACAAUGAAAGUCAAGCCUGACCCAGCCAGUCUGACUCCAGCCUCUGCAAGUUGUCAGAAAUCCUUAUAGGACUCUCCAAGGAAAAGUAUCAGCUGAGGAACCAAUAUCAUAGACUUCUUCAGAUGCCAAGCCUGAGGAUGUUGGGACCCUUUCAGACAGAUGGAUGGGAUCGGGGAUACAGGCAUAAGCUAUCAUCCCUUGCCAAACGAUACUAUCCUGAGUAUUUCUGCCUACAACAUACCAAAAGUGCUCUCGUUCCAAAGAUCUGUAUAUCACAAGUCAUCUAACAUUUUUCAGGUGAAGACAAUAGUUGUACCAUUUUGAUGUGCAGUUCAAAAUCAUUUUAAGAAGAA